CUAGGUACGUACGUAUCAGUAACUGGAAAACGUUGGACGGAAUGACGUCUUUAAUAUCAAUUGUAUAAAACUAUAAAGAAGGGACUAAAAAUGGAGUGUAAAGAAAGGAUUCAGAAAGAUAUAAUUUCAUUAGAACACGAAGCUUCGAAGACAUUUAUUUUUUCUAAACCAAACAUAAUCAAUCCUCCUAAAUCUAUUAAUUUUGGGAUUAGUUUGGAGCAAGUAUCAGACGCGUCUGAUGUUAAAAAAGACGUAUUUACUUUUACUGUGCCAACAGUAGUAUCACAAGUUGAUAAUCAAGAUGUAUCUGUUUUCCAAUCGAAUAUGUGUGAAAAACAAUAUAAACCGAAAAUAUUAAGAAAUUCUUACAAACCAGAUGUUAAUGUCUUUGCACAUGCAAUCAAAGACACUGCAAUGUUUGAACAAUUAAAGAAAAAUUCCAGAUCGCAAGUUGUCAAAAUUAAUCCGGAAAAUUCAAUAACAUGUACAAAUGUACCACAAUUAUUACUUACAAAAGCAACAGCAAAAGAAUAUUUCACUCAGUUUGGAAAUCUUGUGAAAAUUACCAUUCGCUGCAAGAAACAAAUAAUUACUGUUGUCUAUGCUACUAAAGAAGAAGCAAAUGUAGCUUAUAAUAACAGUGGUGAAUAUUUGAGAGAAAAAUUUAAUGUAGAAUGGACAAAGUCAUAUACAUCACCAAAAUCUCCUACAAAGAAAAAAGAUCUACAGAAGAACAUUGUGUCACAAAUUGUAUCUAAUUUUUUUAAAUCAUCUGAGGAUGAAAUUAAAUCAGAGUUAGACUCUAUGAUGAAUCUGGAAUAUCAUUUAAAUAAUAGAAACAAUUUUGAUGGAACUUUAACUAAAAAAAAUAAAGCAUUACAAUUAAAAAGUAUAUCAAAGUCAUCGGUAAAAGUAGAAAAAGCAUCUGUAAAAUCUGAAAAACAUAAAUCUGAUAGUCAAAUAUCUGAUUUGUUACCUAAUGCUACUAUUGAAGAAUUACAAAAUAUAAUUCAACAACCUGCAUAUACUUCUGAAGAUAAAUAUAAGGUAUUAGAAGCAAGAGAUCGACUUAUGCGAAUGAAACAAGUUAAAUCACAUACAUUAGCAGCAGCUAAAGUAAUGAUUGGUACAUGCCCUGAUAUGUGUCCUGAAAAGGAACGUUUAAUGCGUGAAUCAAAACGACAAGUAGCCUUAUAUGAACAGCUUGAAACUAAUGAAUAUAGAAUAAAUCACAUGACAGCAGUCAAACAAUAUUCCAGGUCUUCUGCAGAUCAAGAAGAGCCAAUGGCACAUGAAUUAAGACCAGUGAAAUCUUUGAAAAUGACUAUGAGUUAUUUACUUCAUGAAAUAGCAAAUCUUUGUGAUCAACAGGGAACAAAUUUGGGAGAAUGGUACCAUUUCUUGUGGGAUAGAACAAGGAGUAUUAGAAAAGACAUAACACAGCAAGAAUUAUGUUGCACAGAUAGUGUUAAGUUAGUUGAACAAUGUGCUAGGUUUCACAUAGUAUGUUCUGAAAGACUUUGCGCAGAAGAACCAUCUAUUUUCGAUAAAAGAAUAAAUUCUGACAACUUAACAAAGUGUUUACAAUCAUUGAAGUACAUGUAUCAUGAUCUGAGAGUAAAGGGAAUUAAUUGUAAGAAUGAAUCUGAAUUUCGGGCAUAUAUUAUUUUAUUAAAUUUGAACAAUGGCAAUUUUAUGUGGGAUUUACAAAGAUUGCCAAAAUGUAUCCAAAAAUCAUCAGAAGUUCAAUUUGCAUUAGAAAUAUACUCUGCUCUUGAAUCAAAUAAUUAUUAUAAAUUUUUUAAACUUGUUUCAAAAACUACAUACUUAAAUGCUUGCAUCUUACUAAGAUACUUUAAUCAAGUAAGAUUAAAAGCACUAUCAGUACUAGUCAAAGCUUACUGUAGAACUGCAUCAACAGCAUAUCCAUUAUACGAAUUAAUUGAUAUCUUAGGUUUUGAAGAUGAAAAUGAAGCUAUUUACUUUUGUGAGCAAGUAGGACUAAAUGUUUCAAAAGAUGGUUUACAUGUAUUACUAAAUCGACAAAACUUUACUAUGCCUGUAUUAAAUAUAAAACAGAACAGAGCAUGUAAUUUAAUAGAAUCUAAAAGAAAUGUGCAACAUUUAUCCAUUGGAGAAUGUAUAGCAGGAAGGAAAAUGCCAGAAAAAACUUAUAAAUUUCAUACACCUCAUAACAGUUUUGAUUCACAUGGUUAUUUAAUGCCUGAUUCCAUUAAUGCAGAAGAUCAAAAUAAGCAUAUUAAUUUUACUCCAGCUGAUCCAUAUGAAUUUAUAGAUGAAAACAUAGUAAAAAGUGAGCAAUCAGUAUCAGCUUCUGAAGAAAUUGGAAAUAAUGCAAACAGGACUACUAAUGAAUAUACUAAUGUAUUAAAGUCUAUUUCAACUACUGGAGCUGAUACAAAUAUAUUUACAACCAUAAUAUCUGAUGUUAAUACUUCUUUUAUCUCUAAAACUCAACCACAUAUGAGUAAACUUCAAACAAACACAAAUGCAUCAUUGAAGUCAAAAAUGGAAAAUCAGAAAGAUUUAAAAACGUUUAAUUUAAUACCGAAACAACAACCAAACGAGUCUCCUGUAUAUAAUGCAUUCAAUGCUGCAUUAACAACUUCAAGAAAUUCUAAUAUAUUUUCCAAGCAAUCUGACCUACCAUUAAACAGUAGUACACCUUUGUUUGUAACACCUGCAAAUAAGAAUAUGUUUUCAGAAAAUCUACAAGGAAACAUAUUUUCAAAAAAUGUUACACCUUCUACAGUAUUUUCCAAUACAUAUUCAAGUAUGCAAACUACUCCAACAUCAUCAAACAUUGCAAAUCCUGUGAUUACUGUGACAAAGGAUACCUCAAAAGUAAAGCAGAAUUUCCUUAUGUGCACAACAGAAGUAAAAAAACAAGCUUCACAGGAAGAAGAAGCAGAGAAGUUAAAAUUAGAGGAACAAGAAUUUCUUAUGAAAAUGCAAAAAAAUAAUGAAACUGCUGAAGAAAUUUUAAAUACUGUGCAAACAGAAAUAAUACAAGCAUGUUGCUCUACUAUAGUGAAGGAGGAAAUAAAUAGAAUACAUAGUUGCAACACAUUUAGUGAGGAUGUUAAUAAUGAGAUUGUAAAUGAAGUUACUUAUGAAAUUUGUGAUAAUAUAUUAAAAGAAGAAAUUGUUAAUACGCAAAAAUUAUAUGAAAUGUCAAUGAAAAUAAAGAAUAGAGUAAUUAUUAAAUAUUUCAACAUAUGGAAAUGUAAUACAAUAAGGAAGAAACAACAGAGAAAAGCAUUAGAAAACACACCUGUAUGGUUACAAAAGCAUUCCAGUGAACAGUGUGCAAAAUUAUUAUAUACUAAAAAACAAAAUUUAGUUAUUGAACGUAUGCUCAAAAAACGAGAUGAACAGAAAAGGAUUAAACCUUAUUCUGAAUUUUUAGCACCAAUUGAAAUUAUAAUUUAUACUGCUAUUAAAGAAAACUUGAAGUUUUCAGAUAGUAAUAUACAUUCCAGUUGUUAUUGGAAACUAGUUAUUUCUUGGCCAAAUUUACAUAACAAAGCACUUUUAUGGCAUUAUAAAAAAAUAAUGAAUCAGUACCUAUGUCCUGAUGAUUAUACUCUGGAUUCUGUCAUAAAAUUAUACCAACCAAAUCAAAUUGAGAUGUUACAUAUCUGUAUCAGACAUUUUGAGGGUCUAAUUAGUGACCAUUAUUUAACAGGAUCAGAUGCUCUUUUAUUUAUAGCCGAUGCUUCGGAAGAAAUCAAGUUCGUUGUAAAACGUUUAACUAAAACUGUAUUAUCAAGAGACAGGCUUAUGUCUAUACCUCUGGUAUUUAUUAUUUUGGGUGAUUCCAAGUGUGAACAUACAAUAUAUUUAGAAGUUGUUCCUUGUUUAGAAAAAUUAUUAACAUCUGGGUAUUUGUCAAUGUAUACAAUUAUGCAUGAAAAAGAUUUUACAGAGAAAACAAUCUUAAAUUUGACUCAAAGUGCAAUACUUUGGUUAUCCAUAAAUAAAUCACCUCAGAAUCCAUUAGAAAUGGAUUAUUUGCAAAAUAUUUAUGAUACCUGUUUGACAGAAGAAUUAUGGCUGAGAAUAUUUGAUGAUUCGUCCUAUAAUGAAAAGUUACUAUAUGCUUUGGAGGAGCCCAAGUUUAUAAUUGAUUUACACAAUGAAGCAGUUACUCAUUUAAUAGGUAUAAUAUUAGAUGCAGAAUCCUUUAUGUAUACAAAAUUUGCUCCAGAGUUUAAGAAAUUUAUUAAAGAUCAACAUACAAUGCCAUGUGGCUAUGAAUACUUUGACGAUAUUUGGAAAAAUGAAGAUUAUAAAGCAAAAUUAGAAGCAGUGAUGUCUAGCUUUAAACUGCCAGAAUGGAAGUAUGCAUGGCCUAUAAAUAACAGUGAUGCAUUUCGUCAAAGUAUAACAACUUAUUGUCAAGAAGCAUUAUUUACAUCUGACAGUGAUGAAAUAUCUUGUAACAUGCUAAGUAAUCUGUUCCUUACAACUGGGAUUUCAACUGUAUCAAAUUUUAUCGAUGUUCUAUUAUACAUUAUUAAGAAAAAAGUAUAUCUCCUUGAUGAAGAUUUAAAAGUAAUUUACAAUAAAAAACAUAUAAAACACUUUCGAACUUUACCAUGGUGGUUAAAAUCUAAUCUACUAGCUGAAUAUAAGAUUGUACCAAAAAAACGUAGCAUUCAAGAAGCUGAAAAAGAAAAUAAAGUGAGAAAUGAUAUUAAUGAACCAGUGGUAAAGAAACGAAAGUUAUGUAAGUCUCAAGGAAAGGAUUGUGAAUUUGAACAAUUAGCAACUUUUUGUAAAAAUACUCAAAGUCAAGUGAUGCAGGUGCAUUAUAAUUCAAGAAAAAUUGAAAAUCGUUUAAAGGAACAUCAGCAACAAAGCUUUUCAUUUGAAAAAAAAUUAAAGAAAGCGUUGUUUGGUGACGAAGAAUUCACUUAA